AUGGCGCCUUCAUCCCUCCUGCUGAGCGUGGGAUCGCUCAUUGCCUCAUCACUGGCCUCUGCGACAUCUUUGCAGAUUCGGGAACAAUCCCAGUCAUACCAAUUGACCGAGUCCUGGCAGGGCGAAAGCUUCAUCAACGAUUGGAACUUCUUCGACCGGGGCGAUCCUACCAAUGGCUAUGUCACGUACGUCAACCAGAGUGUCGCUGAGAGCUCGGGCCUGGUGAAAGUCACCCAGAGCGGCAGUUUCUACAUGGGUGUGGACUACGAGAGCAAAUUGAACCCUGACGGCCCCGGCCGUGAGUCUGUGCGUAUAGAGUCCAAGAAGUAUUAUACGCAGGGCUUAUAUGUUGUCGACAUCGCGCACAUGCCUGGUAGCAUCUGCGGUACAUGGCCUGCCUUCUGGUCUGUCGGCGCCAACUGGCCCCACGACGGUGAGAUCGAUAUCAUCGAGGGUGUCAACAAACACGAUGCCAAUGAGAUCGUCCUCCACACUAGUGGUAGCUGCGACGUUGCGGGAAGCCAUGACAUGACUGGUAGCCUCACAUCUGGCGAGUGCGGCGAUGCUUCGGGCACGAUCGGUUGCGUGGUCAAGGGUACCCAGGGCUCCGCCGGUGACCCUUUCAACGCGCAAGGUGGUGGUGUUUAUGCUAUCGAGUGGACUGACAGCUUUCUCAAGAUCUGGUUCUUCCCUCGCAACUCCAUCCCGGCUUCCAUCACUGCCGGCAAGCCCGACUCUUCCGCCUUUGGAACCCCCAUGGCUCAUCUGCAGGGAACAUGCGACUUCGCCGAGCGCUUCAAAGAGCAGAAGUUCAUCUUGGAUACUACUUUCUGCGGAGACUGGGCUGGAAAUGUCUUCGGCGAAUCCGGCUGCCCUCUAAGUGAUGCUAGCAGCCCCAUGCGCAGCUGUGUUGACUACGUCGCGCAAAACCCGGCUGCCUUCAAGGAGGCGUACUGGGAGAUCAACUCUAUUAAGAUCUAUCAACUUGGCGCUGCUCCUGCCCCGGCCACCGUCGCUUCUCCAAACACCGCCUCCGAAGUCCACAGUGCUAGUGAACUCGCCCCAGCCACUCAAACCGAGAAACCCACUGUCCCAACGGCGGCAGAAACGACCGUGGUCCCCCCUGCGUCGCAGACCAGCACGGUCGCAGAGGAAACGCCAAUUGCUCCUCUAGCCACUGCCGCAACGGUUACCGCUGUCAACCCUGCUCCUCCAGCCACACAGCCGACCGCCGAGCCUGCCACUGCAGUGACUGUGACAGACGGUGGCGACUCAUUCAGGACCAUUUUCCUCACCUCGACAACCACGAUCUGCCCUGAGGCACAGAGUUCAUCGUCUGCGGCGGCACACGGUGGUAAUAAGAAUGCCCCAGUAGGGGCUGUGCCAGGUCAGCCCUCCGGCGCCGAUGCCGUGGGAAAUCCCAAUCCCUCCACGACUACUGAAGCGGUUGCCGAAACCGAGACCAGCCAGCCUGAACUGACCGCCGGUGGAAUUUCUGAACUACCUAAGUCGGCCCCAGCUCCAACUGCCUCUCAGCCUACCAGCGAGUUCAAACCCUCAGACGUGCCGGAUGUUCCUAAACCAUCACCUGAGGCUGAGCAUCCUGCCCCUCCUGCAGCUGCUGGAUCUUCUAUCAUCAACACGCCCUCUAGCUCCGCUAUCUUCGGUAGCUCCACGGCUGUCGGCACAUUCACAUCCUUGGCACGCGUUUCUCGACCCACUGGAGGCGCUACAUUCGUCCCAACCAUUGCCACCGCAACAGGAUCGCCCACCGUUGGUGAAGACGGCUCUUCGGGCUCUGCAACUGCAUCGGCCACACUGACUGCACCUACCGGAAUUCUGUUUACUGCCGGCGCUCGCAAACUCUCUGUCGGCCUCUCCGGCCUUGUUGGCGCCCUCGCCGUUGCGGCACUGGCAUAA